GCCUGAGUCUGCGCAGCGCCGGGGCCCGUCACUAGGCGGUUCCCGGGUCUCACGUUGCAUUGCGGGGCUAGCCGUGCACGCAGGGGAUGGGCGGGGUGUGUGCGGUAACCCUCGCGUUGCUGGAAAGGGGCUAGCGAAGGACAAACCCCCUAACGGGGUCGGGGUGAGGACUCCAGCUCCCAGCAGCCCCCGCGCCGGGGAAACUACGACUCCCAGCAGCCCCCGCGCUAGGGGAGAGACUCCAACGCCCAGCAGCCCCGCGGCGGCCCGAGGUAUCCGCGGCGGAGGGAAGAUGGAGGAAAUCGGGAUCUUGGUGGAGAAAACCCAGGAUGAGCUGCCUGCGCAGGCUAUCUCCAGGCCUCAGACUGGCCUGUCCUUCCUGGCCCCGGAGCCCGAGGACCUGGAGGAUCUCUACAGCCGCUACAAGAAGCUGCAGCAGGAGCUGGAGUUCCUGGAGGUGCAGGAGGAGUACAUCAAGGAUGAGCAGAAGAACCUGAAGAAGGAGUUCUUGCACGCGCAGGAGGAGGUGAAGCGCAUCCAGAGUAUCCCGUUGGUCAUCGGCCAGUUCCUGGAGGCCGUGGACCAGAACACGGCCAUCGUGGGCUCUACCACAGGCUCCAAUUACUACGUGCGGAUCCUGAGCACCAUUGACCGGGAGCUGCUGAAGCCCAAUGCCUCGGUGGCCCUGCACAAACACAGCAACGCGCUGGUGGAUGUGCUGCCACCCGAGGCUGACAGCAGCAUUAUGAUGCUGACAUCAGAUCAGAAACCAGAUGUGAUGUACGCCGACAUCGGCGGGAUGGACAUCCAGAAGCAGGAGGUGAGGGAGGCCGUGGAGCUGCCCCUCACCCACUUUGAGCUCUACAAGCAGAUCGGCAUUGACCCCCCGCGCGGCGUCCUGAUGUAUGGCCCCCCCGGCUGUGGGAAGACUAUGCUGGCCAAAGCCGUGGCCCAUCACACCACAGCUGCCUUCAUCCGCGUGGUGGGCUCGGAGUUUGUGCAGAAGUACCUGGGUGAGGGGCCGCGCAUGGUGCGGGACGUCUUCCGGCUGGCCAAGGAGAAUGCGCCUGCCAUCAUCUUCAUAGACGAGAUAGACGCCAUCGCCACCAAGCGCUUUGACGCCCAGACAGGGGCCGACAGGGAGGUGCAGCGCAUCCUGCUGGAGCUGCUGAAUCAGAUGGACGGCUUUGAUCAGAACGUCAACGUCAAGGUGAUCAUGGCCACAAACCGGGCAGACACGCUAGACCCUGCCCUGCUGCGGCCUGGCCGCCUCGACCGCAAGAUCGAGUUCCCCCUGCCUGACCGGCGCCAGAAGCGCCUCAUCUUCUCCACCAUCACCAGCAAGAUGAACCUGUCCGAGGAGGUGGACUUGGAGGACUAUGUGGCCCGGCCGGAUAAGAUCUCGGGUGCCGACAUCAACUCCAUCUGCCAGGAGGGUGGCAUGCUGGCUGUGCGGGAGAACCGCUACAUCGUCCUGGCCAAGGACUUCGAGAAGGCAUACAAGACAGUCAUCAAGAAGGACGAGCAGGAGCACGAGUUCUACAAAUGAGGGGCCAUGGGGGAGUGUGGGGCAGGCUCGACAUCCAACCAAUAAACCCAUCCCCAGCUCCCUA